GACUUGUGUUUUGUUUUAGGCAAGAAUCCGUUGAGAUUGGGAUACACUCAAACUAGGAGCAUUGGGUUUUCUCUGCAGUGGAAAUAAAUAUUUUAAAAGCAAUUUGUGAAGCAUCUUAUCUUAACAUCGAGGCUGCAACAACACAAAAAGAAGAAUGGAAUAUAGGGCGAAGAAAAGGAGCAGGACCCUCUAUCGGCAAGUACUCUUUCCUUUCCUGCUGCCUUUGUUCUGCGCAGCUCUUGGGAAGCAAAUCCACUAUUCUAUUCCAGAAGAAAUGGCCAGGGGCUCGGUGGUGGGGAACCUUGCUGAGGACCUGGGGCUGAAUGUUCAGGAUUUACUGACCCGAAACCUUAGAAUUGGUGCAGAGAAAAAAUACUUUACUAUAAACACUGAGAAUGGGAAUAUACUUGUGAGUGAAAGAAUAGAUCGGGAGUUGCUCUGCUCCCAGAAUUCCCUGUGUGUUGUGCCCUUAGAGAUUGUAGCAGAAAAUCCUCUAAAUGUUUUUCACAUAAACGUGAUGAUAGAGGAUAUAAAUGAUAAUCCACCCAACUUCCCCCAGAGCAGCAUUGUUCUACAAAUCAAUGAACUUGCAAUUCUGGGGACUCGGUUUGGCCUGGAAUCUGCUAUAGAUGCAGAUGUAGGACCUCACUCUCUCCAGGAUUACCAGCUCAGCUCUAACGAACAUUUCUCUUUGAUGGUGAAGGGCAAGUUGGAAGACAAAAUUGCCCCUGAAUUAGUGUUGGAAAAGCCCCUGGAUCGGGAACAACAGAGCUCCCAUCUCCUGAUCCUGACAGCAGUGGAUGGGGGAGACCCAGUCCUGACUGGCACAACUCAAAUUCAAAUCAAGGUCAUUGAUGCCAAUGAUAACCCACCAGUGUUCAGCCAGGAUAUAUACAAAGUCAGCCUUAAAGAGAACAUGCCCCCAGGCACCUCUGUGCUGAAGGUGACAGCCACCGACCAAGAUGAGGGCAUCAAUGCAGAGAUCACCUACUCCUUCAAAUCACUAGGACAUAAUAUUGGAAAUAAGUUUAUGCUAGACCAUCAAAAUGGAGAAAUUAUAUCCAAAGACCCUAUAGACUUUGAAAUCAGUAGCCAUUAUACCAUAAGCAUAGAAGCCAAGGACGGUGGAGGCAUGGCCACAGAAUGUAAAAUUAUACUAGAAAUUCUAGAUGAGAAUGACAAUGCUCCAGAUGUGGUUUUUACCUCAGUGUCCAGUUCCAUAACCGAGGACACAAAGCCAGGCACCGUGAUUGCUCUGUUCAAAACACAUGACAAAGAUUCAGGAGAAAAUGGGGAAGUCACAUGCCUCAUAAAAGAAAAACUUCCUUUUAGAAUUGAAUCUUCCGCCAAUAAUUACUACAAACUUGUAACAGAUGGGACCCUGGACAGGGAGAAGACCCCAGAGUACAAUGUYACCAUCACUGCUACCGACAAGGGCAAACCGCCCCUUUCCUCCAGCACAAGCAUCACCCUACACAUUGGCGACGUCAACGACAAUGCUCCAGUUUUUCAGCAGGCCUCCUACAUGGUGCACGUGGCUGAAAACAACCCUCCAGGAUCUUCCAUCGCUCAAGUUAGCGCCUCCGAUCCAGAUUUGGGGUCCAAUGGCCAAGUCUCCUACUCCAUCGCGGCCAGCGACCUGGAGCCUCGGGCAUUGUUAUCCUACGUGUCUGUGAGCGAACAGAGCGGCGUGGUGUUCGCGCAGCGAGCCUUCGACCACGAGCAGCUGCGUUCCUUUGAACUGACGCUUCAGGCUCGUGACCACGGCUCUCCCGCGCUCAGCGCCAACGUGAGCCUGCGCGUGUUGCGCCUGCUGGUCGCUGUGCGUGAUGGUGGCCAGCCGCCUCUUUCGGCAACAGCCACUCUGCUCCUGGUCUUUGCUGACAGCCUGCAGGAGGCACUGCCAGACCUCAGUGACCGCCCUGUGCCCUCAGACCCCCAAGASGAGCUGCAGUUUUACCUGGUGGUGGCCUUGGSCUUGAUCUCAGUGCUCUUCCUCCUGGCAGUGAUUCUGGCUAUUGCCAUGCGCCUGGGUCACUCCUCCAGGUCUGCUUCCUGGGGUUGCUUUCACUAUGAUCUCUGUUCUCARGCUAGGCCAAGCGUUUCUCUCAACUACAAUGAGGGAACUUUGCCUUAUUCAUACAAUAUGUACGUUGCUUCGGAUUCCCGCAAAACAGAGUUUAAUUUUCUCACUAUGACGCCAGAAAUGUUCCCCCAACAAGAUCUUUCUAAUGAAGCUUCUUUGGCAGUAAAUGUCACUGUGGAGAAUAACAAGAUAAAUUUUGACUCUGUUGCUUCUACUCACGUGAGUUUCAAUGAGUCCUUUAUUUGUAUGUGGUUUGGUUUAAUUUUCAUACCAAUAUUUUGGCAAGAAAAUCUUAAGCAGGGAGAGAAAAGCAGAGAUCCUGUUCGCCUUGCAUGCGCCAAAAACACAAGCACAGAUAGAUUGAAACAGACCAUCUUUGUGAAGAAACUGAACGGAGGAGCUCGCACCACCCGCUCGCCUCAACUAUCCGGAGACAGGAGAGCUGAUCCUGACUUCGGUGUCAAGGGUAGAAUUAGAAAUAAUCCUAGAGGAAAGUGA